AUGACUGUCUACAGCUAUGGCGUGAACCUCCUCAAAGACAUUGCAAGCACUUUCUCUAGUAUAUCGGCCAAGGACGACUAUGGCGAGGACAGCUGGCUGACUCCAUAUCACCAAGCUUUCCACGAAACACUGAUACGCGAAUGGUCGAGUAUAGACUCCCACAGAAUGAACAAGUAUCUGCUCCUAGUCCGAUUUGUGGUACGCGAAAUCUUCACAAUUUGCUUUCGACCUUUGUUCGGCACUCGCACAGGAGAAAAGGAUCAGCUGCCGGAGAAGAGGGAGGAAGAGGGAAAAAUAGAAGCCCGACACCGUGCAAAGUCGAUCACGGCUACCAUGGAAGCCAGUGGACCUCUCAAUCGUACAGAUCGAAAGAUACCAGAUGGACUUCGACUUCAUCUACUCGACGUGUUUCCCGAAGAGCUCUUCACCGCAUAUACUGCCGCCGAAGAGGGAUCAGCUACUACAGAAGAAGAUGCUGCUUUGAACGCUCCGGACCAGCACAUUCUCGGGAUGAUGUUGGAGAUUUUCAAAGCACCAAUAACUGCCAUGGCCGAAAGCAACAGUGGAGCACAGAAACAUGUGAGACAAAGAGCUAAGGAGGCAUUGCAGCAUCUGGCUGAGAGGGAGGCAGAGGCGUUCGAGUCGAUAGGAGGUUAA